AAGAGAAGGAGAACACAGAAGGCUUGUGAUAACUGUCGCCACAAGAAAGGUGACGGGAUGGCCAUGCCUGGGAAACGAUGCUCAAACUGUACCGCAUUCAAGUUGGACUGCGCGUACAUCGACGGAACCCAGGUCAGGAUCACCAGUCUAACCAACAUUACAAUCACUGAAGCGGCUCAAAGUAGAACGGAUACUCAGAGACGUUUAUAUGUCGAGGAUUUGGAGAGGAAAGUCCAGAAUAUGGAGAAGUUUUUACUCCAAGUAAGUAAACACUUAUUUCUUUCGGGCCCGGAAACUAUUUUGAACCCCACUAUCACCAUGACGCAGAUGUUGCCAGACGGCGAAUCUGACUCACGUUUUACACGUGGAACCAGACUGAAGCGGUGGGCUAAAGGCUCCGAUUCCGACGACGAUAUCACAGCUGAGAUCGAGACAAAGUAUUUGGAAGACCCGGAUCGCACACAGCUGGAGCAAAUGAUUGAACGGUACAAAGAUCUUAUCCCGGAAUAUCAAUUUUUCGGAAAAUCCAGCAAUGCACAGUUGGUCGGGAAAGCGAUGAAUCUAAAACACGAAUACUCAGGCAAUACACGUGGACCUCCACCUUUCCUGCGUCAGAGGAGACCAGAGUUUUGGGAUUCGAACCUACCAGAUCAUCGAGUUACCCUUCAGAACGAGAUAUACGAUGAGGUGUAUACCUUUCCGGAGGACGACUUGAUGCGAUCCCUGAUCGGUUUGUAUUUCGAGCGAGUCAAUAUCGUCUUGCCUCUUUUGCACAGACCGACUUUCGAGAACUCUAUUGCGGAGAAGCUGCACUUGAAAGAUCAAAAAUUCGCGGAUGUGGUGAUAUUCGUAUGUGCGGUGGCAUCAAGGUACUCGGAUGACCCGCGCGUUUUGUUCGAUGGGCAGCAUUCUGCACAAUCAAGUGGUUGGAAGUGGGUUCAUCAAGUAGUGUCCACUUUCAAAUUAUCGAUCCGAGGUACGGCGACGUUGUAUAAUUUGCAGUUCAUCUGUCUUUUCGCGCAGUUCAUGCUGGGCUCGUCGGCUCCUUGCCUAUGCUGGACAAUUGCAGGUAUCGGCCUUCGGAUAGCUCAAGAUGUUGGCAUUCAUCAAAGGGCGGCGACUGAUUCCCCUAACACGGUGGAAGGCGAGUUGUGGAAACGUGCAUUCUGGUGUCUUAUGUUUAUCGACCGAGUGGUUAGUUCCCAUUUGGGCCGACCAUGCGCCCUUAACGAGGAAGAAAUUGAUGUCGAGCUUCCAGUGGAGUGCGAUGAUCAAUACUGGAUACAUGCUAAUCCGGAAGAGGCAUUCAAGCAGCCCUUGGGCCAGCCGUCCGAUAUCUCAUAUUUCAACACUGCUUUACGCCUGAGUAAUCUUUUACAAAGCUGUCUACGGACCCUUUAUUUGAUGAAAAAAUCCAAACUAUCUUUCGGUUUUCUUCGCAAGGAUUGGGAUCGGCAGAUUGCCGCGGAGCUAGAUGCGUCGCUUGAUAGUUGGUUUGAUUCCAUACCCGAGCAUCUCAGAUGGAAUCCGAACCGAGAAAAUCCUAUCCACUUCAACCAGUCUGCUUUACUAUACGUUCUUUAUUUUCAGCUAAGAAUCUUGAUACACCGACCGUUCAUUGCUGCCUCCGUCGAUGCGGUCCCGCUUCACAUACAUUCACUUCAUAUAUGCACCAACGCCGCCCGCUCAUGCUCCCGUAUCGUCGAUACCCAACGCGUUCGCGGGUAUGUUUAUCCAGUAUCCGGCUUCGUAGCGUUCGAUGUGGGAGUCGUCCUCCUUUUCAACAUCUGGUACCUGAAAUACUUUGACCAUUCCUUCGAUGUGUCUGAUGAUAUUGACAACGUACACAACUGCAUGAAGGUGCUUGAGCACCUCAGUACCAGGUACGUAUGCACACUUAGGAAUGUCCUCCAUAAACUCGCGUCCGUGGGAGAUGUGCCAGUGCCUGAUUCUAUUCCA